GUCCGCCGGGGGGGGGGGCGGGAGGAGGCCGGGCAGGCGGCUGAGGCGGCGCCAUGAAGCGGAGAGCGGGGGAGCGGGAGAAGGAGCUGAAGAAGAAAAAGCUUCUUGAAGAACUUGGAGAGAGUAGACUGCCAUAUAUGACACCAGCCGAUGCUGACUUCCAUCAGUUGUGGAAGACCAAGUAUUCCAAGCUAGUUUUCAGAAAAUCUGAUACAGUACCUGAAGAGCUCCAUCAGAUGGUACAAGAGAGCUUUUUGACCUUGCGAAAGCAUGAUUGUUUCUUUCAAGAUCUUGUAAGGAUCAAAGGAAAAGAUUUUUUUACCCCAGUGUCUCGUAUAUUAAUUGGAAACCCAGGAUGCACUUACAAGUACUUGAACACAAGAUUAUUUACAGUUCCUUGGCCUACCGAGGGUUAUGAAAUAAAAUAUUGCAGUCCUCAAAUACAUGAUGCUUGUAAAGCAUUAAUCAAACUUAAUGACUACUUGCAUAUUGAAGCAGUCAAGGCAUUACAAGGACAAAAUUUGCUUGAGUUCAAAGAAACUGAAGAUACCCCUGUAAUAGAUAGGGAGCAAAACUUUGCUACUUCUCUUAGGGAGAAAGGGUCUGUCUCACAAGAUCAAAGCAGUUUUUGUGUACCAGAGGAUGACUUCACAAGUCUAAAUAGCAGAACAUCUUAUAACGUGACUUUAUUAAAUUAUAUGGAUCCUCUACAAAUGCUGUACUUGAAACAAGAGCCUUAUUUUGGAAUGGGGAACAUGGCAGUGAGUUGGCACCAUGACGAGAAUCUGGUUGAAAGGUCAACAGUUGCUGUGUACAGUUACAGCUGUGAAGGUUCACCUGCUGAAGAAACUUAUGAUCAGAAACUGCAGGGAAGAGACCCAGCUGUUUGGCACGUAGGCUUGAAGGUAGCAUGGGACAUAGAGACACCUGGAUUAGCAAUACCACUUCACCAAGGAGACUUCUACUUAAUGCUUGAUGAUCUCAAUAUGACACAUCAGCACUGUGUUCUGGCUGGCUUUUCACCUCGAUUCAGCUCCACUCACAGAGUGGCAGAUUGUUCAAGAGGAACAUUGGAAUACAUAUUUGGACAAUGUGAACUGGCGCUCCAGAAUUUACAAACUGAUUCUAAUUCAGGGGCUUUAUCUUUGAAAUCACUGGAAACUGCAGUUGUAAAGCAAGUGGAAGAAAUACAUAAUGAGGUUGAAUUUGAGUGGCUCAGGCAGUUUUGGUUUCAAGGCAAGCGGUAUUUGAAGUGCACUGAUUGGUGGCUUAAGCCAAUGGCUAAAUUGGAAGAAUAUUGGAGAAAAAUGGAGACUAUGUCAAGCCUGGUCCUCCAUGAAGUUAGAAAAAAGGAACAAACUGAAGAACAAAGGAAUGAAACCAUCAGCUGCUUCUUGCUAGUUCUUACAGAGCGACAAAGGCUACGUAAAGAGUGGACAGCAAGGUGCCAGUCAGAAGCAGCAGAGAGCUUGCCAGAAGACCAGAAACCUGAAUGCCACCCCUUCUGGACAAAUGAUGAAUGUAAUAUGCCUCUGCCAUAUGAUCUUGAGGAAGUAAUAGCUCACCUACAAAAUCUUGUUCAGUAGGUAGAAUAUCAGGUGACCUUCCAGCCUAGAACUAUUAAUGUUCAUCAUUUGGAGUAAGUUUUUAGUUAGCAUAAUUUUUUUCAUCUUUAUGAUUCCUCAGUUAUGUGUUGGUUUACGUGUCAAUGCAGAUUUUACUGCUCUCCACACAGUACCUUAGUUACUGUCUCACAACAAAACUGACCAGACACCAAAGCUACAGAAAGAGUUGGCUUUUAAGAUGUGAUGUCCAGAACACCAGCCUCUGUUCUUUCCUCUUCAUUCAAAUCCCCAUUGAUCCUAUACCCCAUGGGUCGUUGUGUUUCCACAGGUUCCCCAGACAUCUACAUUUUAGCUUGCAUGACUGCCUAGAACUGCCCCUGGCUCAGCAGUUUGAGCAACAGAAGGCAUAGCUCACACCUGGGACAAAGCAGAAUCCGUGAUCUGGGCAUCCUAACGAGAGGCCAGCUCAGAGGGAGCCUGCUAGGUGUGUCCAGAUAGAGCUGUGCACACAAUGUGGUGACAUCUUUAUCCAGUAAUGUAGGCAGAGGUAGAGGAAAUGGUGGAGAAAGUCCUUUAUGGAAUGGCUCCUUGUCAGAGCCUUUAUAAAACUGAGGAACUUGUGAAGGAGCAUCCUGGCAUAGAUACUAAGCCUAUUUUGCUGUUUUUCAUCAUGGCAAUUGUAUGGUACUUUUUGUAUUUUGUCAGAAAUGGGUUUUGGAGAUCACGAGCAUGAUGCUGAUAGUAAGUCAGCCUCUCGUGGCACCUGUCAUCUCAAGGUGUGAAGCACUCCCAAGUACUAAACCCUUCAUAUACAAAAUGGUGUUGUAUUGUGUGUGCAGAAGAUCUGACGCGUCCAUUAUUAGACCUAAGGUGCAUCCUCGUUGUCUGGGUUUUGGGCAACCUAGGCUUGCCUGCUAGUCUCAUCCGCACACAAUUGUACAUGCCUCUAUGGCUUUAUCAAGAACACGUGACAGUGUUUGUCCUGGUGGCUGGGUUUUAAAAAACUUUCCAAACUAGGGACUUCCUACCUGGACCCUCAUGGGCAUAGGCCUCUGAAAGACAGUGCUCACAGGUCCAGUCCGAGGGUGCACAGCUCUGCUGUGGCAGGACAGCUUACAGUUUGUCUUCCAGGAAAUUGGAAGAUGUGGAUUUGGACUUUUUUGGCCUAAGAACAUGAAUCUGCUGUCUGCUGUUCCUAGUUUAUGCUCUAACAGAUGCAUAAUUACAUCUGCCUUCCUUUAGAAAGAAUGGUGUGAUCCGUCAUUUGUACCUCUCAGAAGGGCCUUUGAGGCCUACACAGAGGGGACGAUUUCCAACAUGUAGCCAUAUCUCCCGGGUUGCCUGGAACUCAGGAUUCAUUUCCUAUCCUUUGUUUUGUUUCUGCCUUUUGUGAAUCCUGCUCUGAGGCCAGGUUUCCCAUUACCUUGUCCAAAGAGCUGUGGGUUUUCAUUUUGGGUCAGGCCCCCUGGCAAAAUAGAUUUAGAUUAUGUGAUAGAAGGCAUGGCAACAUCUGUGAUGAUCUAGCCAUAAGAACAAAUCCAGAAGACUAUGAGAAAUGAAGCUGCUGUGAUCUGGUUUGUAAUAAUAUGCUAUAAAAAUAACAAUUCUGUAUUGGAUAAUGUCCUGAAUGAGAGAUUUUUCAUUUGGUUAAGAUGCUAUUCUUAUUUGAGCUGGUGUGUGCCUUUUCCUUCAUCAUAAAAAGCAGAAAAUUAUAUUACAGUAAAACAGCACUCAGUCUGUAUUACCACUAAAAAAAAAAAAAAAAAAAAAAACAGUCAGGCCCAGAGCUUGACAUUGCCACCAAGAAAUGGAAUACGUCUCCUGUGUUAAUCUUCUGUUUAAAAUCACUGCUGGGGCCAGGCUUACCCAGAGCAUACCAGGAUACUCUGUUGGCAAAGCGUCCUGUGCGUGGAUGAGUACUGCUGAAAACUCUGCUUUUGACAGUGUAACAUAUGCCAGACCUCCCUGCAGCUAAAGAAGCUGUGCCAGCAAAAAUUCAGUUUUAGUGGUAUAAAGCUGUGUCCACACCUACCAGCUUUUGCCAGGACAAUUAUAUCAAGUAGAGGUUGUGCCUCUUAACACCUUUGACACAGCUAUGCCAGCAAAAGUAUAAAGGUCUGGAUCGAGUGCUUUCAUUGUAUUCCUGCACUUCUGCUAAAGCUGUUAGCCACCGUAUAGAAAGCAAAGACUCUUUGAAAAAUAAAUUACUUAAAUUAGGUUUGAUUGUAUUAUAACUGUAAUCCACACAUCUAUCUGUUGUCUCAUGUGCCACAGAUUUGUUGACAUUUGGAGAUCCUUUGUUAUGGGCAUAGCUUUUCUUUCCUGUGCUGUCUAAAGCUAGCUUUACCAGUGGGCAAAUAGCAUAUAUUUGGAUUAAUGCCACACUGAAUCCUGCUUACUUUGGAGAUCACUUAGAAAAAAACUAGCUGAAGAUGUGGGAAUUCUGCUUUUGAAAAAGGCAGUUCUCACAGAAACAGAUACUGCUUUGGAAAUGAGAAAGAUGAAUUCAAACAAGCUAAUGAUGUAACACAGUUAACACAGGGUUUGAGGGGAUUGUUUGUUUGUUUAUGUUGCUUUAUGAUUGUUUUGUGUGUUUAAUUAAGCUCUGCUAGAAACCAUGGGGAUCACAGUAUUGAAAUGAAUCUGACAGCCAUAAAAGGGUAGAGGAGGCACAUCAGCGCCGCAGUAUGUAGCUGAAGUGGAGGCAUAGCUAUUAAAAAAUGAUUGGCAAAUAAUUAUUUCCAGCAGUAGUGAAACAACACUGUUUUUUUUUGUUGUUGUUGUUGUUAUUGUUGGUUUUUUUUUCUUGUGUUAGGAGAGGGGUUGCAGCAAUAAUAGAAUGUUUAAAAAUACAUGAUUCUGGGUCUUGCCUACGCUGCACAUUUAAGCUAGUGAAUUAGCUGAACUAGUACUAGCCUCAGUGUGGUCAAAUAGCACGCAGUUAAGCCAAGGGUGGCAAUGACAGACAACUGAAAACCUUUGGAAUGGGUAAGACCUAAGUUUCACUGGCAAAACACCAAUAAUCAAGUGGUUAAAGAGAGUUAACACUCUGUGUUGCAUUCAAGUCUCACAUCAUCUGAAGCAGUGUAACUUGAUUGAAUUCAGUUGAAAUAUAGAAGUAUAUGGAGGUUUCAUCUCUCCAAAGCCCACAGGAGUUGAUGGCAAAGACAUGAGUAAGGUUUAUGAAACUGUUUGAAGCAUGUAGUAAUUCCAAAGGGUACCCCAAGAGAAGAACAUGGUUAAAGAAAAACUGAGAGGUCAAAUAUAAGUUAUUGCUGUGUUUGAGAUAUAAGCAGACAAAUACUUCAAAGUUUUCUUUAUUUUAUACAAAUAAUUUUAAUGUAGUUCGUUUUGCAAUGAUACUUCAGCAAUCCAUUUGUAUUCCAGCACUAAAUAACCCGUUACCAUUUUGGAUGAGCUGAAAAACACAGCCUCUAAUGGAUGCUCUGAGUAUAGCAACUGUUUGCCAAGUCUGGAUGCUGUAGAUGCAUAAGGACCAAGGUCAGUUUGUUUCAGGGAAGAGGUGAGAGCAUAAAUUAGAUUCUAACAUUAGAUUCAGUGAUUCUUUUAAAAUGGUGAAGUUCAUGGCUUUGCUUACAUUUACUUUUCAUCAGUCAUGAAAGAAUUAAGGUAAAAUAGUUCACUCACACGUGUGUGUCAGGCUAAAUGGAUUACAGAAGAUACAGAUCUGUUUGCCUGUCUGCACUUGCCUUUAGACAAUAUUCAUCAAUUUUACUAAAGCUACUGACUAAACAUGGAACCAAUACAAAUGAAAUGCUCAAGGCAAGGGCUUUCUUUAAAAAUGAGAUAGAGAGUUGGUUUUACACUCAGAGAAAGAAAAUGUUGGCAGAAAAUGAAAAACUUCUAUUGUUUAUGUAAUGCGGGGGAUGAAAGGUAAAGGCCAUUUUUAAGUAGUUGAUAGAAAACUGCUGUGUUAUGCCAUGUAAAUGAUAAAUGUUUUUAUACUGCUUUAUUCUUAUCUCUGCAUAUGAAAAUAUUUUAUCUUUUAGGUUCUUUCUUGUUGUUAAAAGGUUAAGUAAAUAAAAAAUAUUAAUCCCAGUACACUAGA